AUUGUCGUUUCAUGCUACUCUGUGAAUGGUGUUUUUUUGGUUCCUACCCUUUUAAAAUUACUAAUCAUGUUCAUUUGACUGAUUAAAUCACCAUUAAUAUAAGUUUUAGUUUAAUACUUCUAGUUUCUGUUAUUUUCUAUGUAAGGCAGUUUGAAUUUAAAUUUGUUAUCCUCAAACUUUUUUUAUAUUUUAUUUUUGGGGUUGAGAUUUUUACACUAAUUAAGUUCAAGACUAGAUUUUUAUGAAGUAGUUGUAAGUUUCAAGUAGUUAAUUUUAGCAGAUCUUCUGUAUUUGAAGAAGGAGAAGAAGAAAAAUGUUUGGUGUACCAAAUAUAGUGCAUGAAUCUUCACCAUUUGAUACAAGCACAGUGAUCUCCAUUACUGUGUUCAUAAGUUUAAUAUGUUUGUGUAUCAUUGUUGGUCAUUUGCUGGAGGAGAAUCGUUGGGCCAAUGAAUCUAUCACCUCCCUUCUUCUGGGCGUGGUGUCUGGAGCUGUUGUAUUGUUGAUACGUAGAGGCCAGAAUUCGCGCAUACUUGUAUUUAAUGAAGAGUUGUUCUUCAUUUACCUGCUGCCACCAAUCAUUUUCAAUGCUGGGUUUCAGGUUAAGAAAAAACAGUUUUUCAAGAAUUUCUCAACCAUAUUGUCCUUCGGGGUGCUGGGCACAUUAAUAUCAUUUUGCCUCGUAUCAUCAGGUGUAUUAUUACUAUUGAAGAAGAUUGGUUUGACACAACUUAGUGUUAAUGACUAUAUGGCUCUUGGUGCCAUAUUAUCUGCCACAGAUUCUGUCUGUACCUUGCAGGUCCUAAAUCAGGAUGAAACACCACUCCUUUACAGUGUUGUAUUUGGAGAAGGAGUUGUAAAUGACGCGACCUCCAUUGUGCUUUUUAAUGCAGUCCAAAAGCUUGAUUUGAGCAAUCUCAGUGCCAUGACUGCCCUUGCAUUGUUGGGGACCUUCUUGUACCUGCUUGUCACCAGCACUCUUCUUGGCAUUUUUGCUGGUCUGUUGAGUGCUUUUGUCAUAAAGAAGCUUUACAUCGGAAGGCAUUCCACAGACCGUGAAAUUGCGCUUAUGAUGCUUAUGGCUUAUUUGUCUUACAUGAUAGCUGAGCUUAUGGAACUCAGUGGUAUAUUGACAGUGUUCUUUUGUGGUGUUGUCAUGUCUCAUUAUACAUGGCACAAUGUGUCAGAAAGCUCAAGGAUAACCUCCAAGCAUGCUUUUGCAACAAUGUCAUUUAUAUCAGAAACUUUUAUCUUUUUGUAUGUUGGUAUGGAUACAUUAGACAUUGACAAAUGGAAGGAGAGCAGUACAAGUGCAGGAACUUACCUUGCUGUUAGUACCACUAUGCUGGCUUUAGUUUUGAUUGGACGAGCAGCAUUUGUCUUCCCUCUGGCAAGUAUCUUAAAUUACACUCGAAGGGGUAAUGAUCAAAAAAUUGAUUUAUCUAGACAGUUUAUAGUAUGGUGGGCAGGAUUAAUGAGAGGUGCAGUCACCGUUGCAUUGUCCUACAACGCGUUUUCAGGUUCUGGAGAGACUGUAUCAAAUGAGAGAUCACUGAUGAUCAGUUGUACUAUCAUUGUUGUUCUGUUUAGUACUUUGCUGUUCGGAACUGUAACCAAGCCUUUGAUUAAAGCAAUACUGGGAGCUCCAAGAAGAGCAGUUUCAGAUGCAACUGAUAUUCCGAGCCUUGAGUAUUUAGACAUCCCUUUCCUCGAAACUCCAGAAACGAAUCAGAAUAAUGGCGAUGAUCCUGAACGUCAACGAAGGGGCUUCAGUUUGCUGAUGAAAUACCCUACUGGUGCUGUACACCAUAUAUGGAGGAAAUUUGAUGAUAAAUUUAUGAGACCUGUUUUUGGUGGCCGAGGUUUUGUGCCAUAUGAACCAGCUUCGCCAACUGGUGCUGUAGAUCCAAAUCCAAUUCUUGAGCAUUAAAAUUUUGAUUCCAAGUUCUCAGCUUUCUUUAGUUUCCUUUCCUUUUACCCUUAAGAGAUAUUGUAAACAGAAUGAUGUAAAGAUCAACCGUCUCUUUUUUGUUUUGUAUAUUUUGGCAUAUUGAGGUUGAUUGCAAGUGUCAUGAACAACUUGGAUGGAAGAUGUAGAUAUAUAGUUUAGUAGUGGCGAUUGGAGCAACCCAUGAACUUGCACAUAAUGUGUAAUGUGGCUCAGCAUGGCCAAUACUUGUGAUGUUGAUAUUAUGAUAUAUUAUUUGAUCAAGAUUGAGUAAGCUUCACGGUUUACUAUAUAAUAAAAAACCUGAAUAGACCUGGUGCUUAUUGUACACGAGGUAUUA